AUGGUUAUAAUCAAUGAUAUUAGAGACAAUUAUUUUUCCCUAAUAGUUGAUGAGUCUCGAGACAGUUCAGUGAAAGAGCAAAUGGGAGUUGUUUUGAGAUAUGUGAACAAAGAAGGGCGUGUGAUUGAACGUUUCCUUGCAAUUGUACAUGUGUCUGACACCACAUCUCUUUGUUUGAAAGAUGCAAUUGAUUCUUUAUUCGCGCAACACGGAUUAUCAUUAUCCAAAUUGAGAGGUCAAGGAUAUGAUGGAGCUUCAAAUAUGCGAGGUGAGUUCAAUGGUUUGAAGGCCCUUAUAUUACAAGAAAAUCCCUAUGCGAUGUAUAUUCACUGUUUUGCUCACCAGCUCCAGUUAGUUAUUGUUGUUGUUGCUAAGGGAAAUAUCAUUGUCAGUGAAUUCUUUGUCUAUGUCUCUAUGAUUGUCAAUUUAACUGGAGCAUCAUGUAAAAGGAGAGAUCAAUUAAGACAAAUAGAACAUGAUAAGAUUGUUACACUUUUAGACAGUGGAGAUAUUAUUAGUGGAAAAGGCAAAAAUCAAGAAACUAGUUUAGCAAGACCAGGGGAUACUCGUUGGGGAUCACACUAUCUAACAUUACUUCGUCUAUCCUCUAUGUGGGCCUCGGUGAUUGGAAUAUUGGGAAAUAUACAAGAUGAUGCCACCACUUCUGACAAUAGAGGUAUGGCCAGGGGUUUGAUUGAUAGAAUGAAUGAUUAUGAGUUUGUUUUUGCAUUGCACCUGAUGAAGUAUUUAUUGGGAAUCACAAAUGACUUGUCACUUGUUUUGCAACAAAGGGAUCAAAAUAUUGUCCAAGCCAUGAGUUUGAUUGAUACUAUGAAAUCUCAAUUGCAAGACUUUAGGGAAGAGGGAUGGCAAAUAAUUUUAGAUGAAGUCAACAAUUUUUGUGAGUUGAAUAUGAUUCCCGUGAUUGAUAUGGAAGACAGUAUAGCAAUCCGUGGCAAUGCCAGGCGCAGUCGCAGAGGUCAAACCAUCACUAAUUUUCAUCAUUAUCGCGUGGAAAUUUUUUGUGAGGUUGUUGAUUUAAUUAUACAAGAGAUGAAUAAUCGUUUCUCGGAAGUUAGCACGGAAUUGCUUAGUUGCAUUGCAUGUCUUGAUCCAAAAAGUUCUUUCUCUCAAUUCAAUGUGCAGAAACUACUCCGUCUUGCUGAUUUAUAUCCUGAAGACUUCUCAAGUAACGAUUAUUUAUAUCUUGAGUCUCAACUUCGAAAUUAUAUUUAUAAUGUGCAACGCGAUCCUCAAUUUUCAGAAGUUGAAGAUUUGGGAAGUCUUGCUCAACAAAUGGUUAAAACUGGUAAAAAUACAGUUUUUCCAUUGGUUUAUCGUCUGAUCCAGUUGGCAUUAGUUCUACCAGUUGCGACUGCUUCUGUUGAAAGAGUAUUUUCUGCAAUGAAUAUUGUCAAGACUGAUUUGCGCAACAAAAUGGGAGACGAGUGGAUGAAUGACUGUCUGGUUGUAUACAUCGAGAAGGAUAUUUUUGCAACAAUUGAAAAUGAGCAAAUAUUGCAGCGUUUUCAACGGAUGAAGACUCGCAGAAUGCAAUUGCCUCCUCUUCGUUAUUCGAGGGCAACAACUACCAAUACUUCAAGUGUUAAUCAAUAA